CACAUUUAAAGUAUAUGCUGCUCAAGAACUCACCCAAUGUCUGACGAAGGAGAGGAAACCGACAGCGGCGAGAGAGCCCACCUUUCUGAGUCUCCCUCCCCGCCUCUGUCUGUCUGUCGUCCCCGAGGAUCUCCUUCCUCACCGCGGCCCCUGGACAUCUUCUCUUCCGCCUCUCCGCUGCUGGGGGACACAGACCCGCCUUACCUCGCCACUCCGGAGUGUAUCCACGCCUCACCAGAGAACCGGGAGCCCGGGUUCUCCCCACACUUCACCCCGCCAAAGUUCUGCCAGAGCACCGGGGACACCGGGGGCUCUCCGGUAUGUCCGCGGCAGGAUGUGCGGAUAGAUGCGGUGUACGACCGCUGCGAUGACCCGUUCCCCAAGUGGAGAGGACGAGGAGCGGCGACCGCUGACCGCCUUCAGCACCGCGGACAGAGAAUGCACCGGGCUCCGGAGCCCUCAGACCACGGGAACCACUUCUCUGCUGAGCACAUCGACACCGGGUUCAACUCCGAAAGCAGGCAAACGGUGGAAGCUAUGCAUCGCCGGCAUACCACACUCAGAGAGAAGGGGCGUCGGCAGGCAGUGCGGGGCCCAGCCUACAUGUUCAAUGAACGCGGUUCAGCCCUCACUCCAGAGGAGGAGCGUUUUCUGGAUGCUGCUGAAUACGGAAACAUUCCUGUGGUCCGAAAAAUGCUGGAAGAGUCCAAAACCCUUAACUUCAAUUGUGUGGACUACAUGGGCCAGAAUGCUUUGCAGCUGGCAGUUGGCAAUGAGCACCUGGAAGUGACCGAGCUGCUACUAAAGAAGGACGGUUUGGCAAGGAUCGGAGAUGGCCUACUUUUGGCUAUCUCCAAGGGUUAUGUCCGGAUCGUUGAAGCCAUUCUUGCCCACCCUGCUUUUGGCGGAGGUCUCAGACUCACUUUGAGCCCUCUUGAGCAGGAGAUGCGUGAUGAUGACUUUUACGCCUAUGAUGAGGAUGGAACACGUUUUUCGCAUGACGUCACGCCAAUCAUUCUGGCUGCUCACUGCUUGGAGUAUGAGAUUGUGCACAUCCUUUUGACGAAGGGGGCCCGCAUAGAAAGGCCACAUGACUACUUCUGUAAGUGUUCAGAAUGUGUGGAGAAACAGAAGAAAGACUCGUUCAGUCACUCACGCUCCAGGAUGAACGCGUACAAAGGCCUGGCGAGUGCAGCUUACCUGUCGCUCAGCAGUGAGGACCCUGUGCUGACCGCCCUCGAGCUCAGCAAUGAACUAGCAAGACUGGCCAACAUUGAGACAGAGUUUAAGUUCGUUGCCCAUCCCAACUGUCAGCAGCAGCUGCUGACUAUCUGGUACGAGAACCUGCCUGGUCUGAGGCAGCAGUCCGUUGGGGUGAAGUGCUGGACAGUGCUGGGGGUCACCAUAGGUCUGCCCUUCCUGGCUAUUUCCUACUGGAUCAUGCCAUGUAGCAAGCUUGGUCAGAUCCUGCGAAGUCCCUUCAUGAAGUUCGUGGCCCACGCUGUCUCCUUCACCAUCUUCUUGGGUCUGCUGGUUGUCAACGCCUCUGACCGCUUUGAGGGUGUCAAGAACCUGCCCAAUGAGACCAUCACAGACCACCCGCGACAGGUGUUCAGAGUCAAGACCACCCAGUUCACUUGGACAGAGAUGUUGAUCAUGAAGUGGGUGCUGGGUAUGAUUUGGUCAGAGUGUAAGGAGAUCUGGACCGAUGGGCCCAGGGAGUACAUCAUGCACCUGUGGAAUGUUCUGGACUUUGGCAUGUUGUCCAUCUUUGUGGCAUCCUUCACGGCACGCUUCAUGGCGUUCCUGAAGGCGUCCAAAGCCCAGCAGUACGUUGACAUGCACGUACCAGAUGAAGACCUCAGCAACGCCUCACUGCCUGACGAAAUUGCCUACUUCACUUUUGCCAGGAACAAGUGGCGCCCCUCAGACCCCCAGAUCAUUUCAGAAGGCCUGUACGCCAUCGCUGUGGUGCUGAGCUUCUCACGCAUCGCCUACAUCCUGCCAGCCAACGAGAGCUUCGGCCCCCUGCAGAUCUCUCUGGGGCGCACAGUCAAGGAUAUCUUCAAGUUUAUGGUCAUCUUCAUCAUGGUGUUUGUGGCCUUCAUGAUUGGCAUGUUCAACCUGUACUCGUACUACCUGGGAGCCAAGUACAAUCCUGCCUUCACCACGGUGGAGGAGAGUUUUAAGACUCUGUUCUGGUCGAUCUUCGGGCUGUCUGAAGUUAUCUCAGUGGUGCUGAAGUACGACCAUAAGUUCAUAGAGAACAUCGGCUAUGUGCUGUACGGAGUCUAUAAUGUCACGAUGGUGGUCGUUCUUCUUAACAUGCUCAUCGCCAUGAUCAACAGCUCGUACCAGGAGAUAGAGGAGGACGCCGAUGUGGAGUGGAAGUUUGCCCGAGCCAAGCUGUGGCUCUCCUACUUUGAUGAGGGCCGCACCCUGCCCGCCCCCUUCAACCUGGUUCCCAGCCCAAAGUCCUUCUAUUACUUGGUCCUCCGCAUCAAGUCCUGCCUGAUACGCCUCUGCAAGGCCAACAGCCGUCGCCAUAACAACGAGCUGGAGCUGGGCAUGCUCAACUCCCAGGCCAAGGACGAACACCUCAGGACUUAUCCACGCCAGGGAGAGGAGUUCAUCCCCAAAAAAUCUCGAAAACACCCGACCAGAUACCAGAAUAUCAUGAAGCGCCUCAUCAAGCGGUAUGUGCUGAAGGCUCAAGUGGACAGAGAGAGCGAUGAAGUCAAUGAAGGCGAGCUGAAGGAGAUCAAGCAAGACAUUUCCAGUCUCCGUUACGAGCUCCUGGAGGAGAAGUCCCAGGCCGCCGGAGAACUGGCUCUGCUCAUCCAACAACUCGGCGACAAGUUUGGCAAGAACACCAUGAGACACUGACAGGACUCA